UGUGAUUGGUUUUCAAUUCAAUUCCAAUACAAAAACUGUACAAUGUAAAAGGCGCGUUAAGGUCGGCACCGCGCGACUCGUUGGUCUUUCACAGUGCUCAGCGGUGCGAGAGCUGAAACGUAUAUUUAAACCGUGAUAAAACUAAAACAAAAGCCUCGCAAAUCCCUUCUUUCUACUCAAAACAGUGGGUGAGGUGAAAACUACACAGACACAGUGGGAUAUUUAAUCGUCCCAUUUCAAGAUGCAUCCCCCGAUAACCCCAAAAUCGAACGAGGAGACCGACUCAAAUAAUAAUGUGAGCGUAAAAGACGAAGAGUUUGAUGGUACCAUGGAGGAAAAAACAUUGGAUCACGACGAACAAUCCGUUGAGAGCCCAGGAAGUAUUUCGUCCGGUGAGAACAAUGAAGAUACGAAGAAGCAAAAGAAACCAAGGCGGCAACGAACGCAUUUCACAACUUAUCAACUUCAAGAACUUGAAGCAUUCUUUGCUAGAAAUCGAUAUCCGGACAUUUCAAUGAGGGAGGAAAUUGCGAUGUGGACUAACCUAACCGAAGCAAGGGUGCGGGUUUGGUUUAAAAACAGACGUGCAAAAUGGCGUAAGAAGGAGAGGAAUAAUCAGGCAACAGUUGCCAGCUUGGGUCCGGACACCAGAGCUGCUGUAUUCCCUACCGCCACGUUUAAUUGUGACCCGGGAACUAUGCCUGCUGAUGAUCCGUUCUUCUAUCCAAAUUAUACGUGGAACAAAACGUCCCCGAACAGUUUUGGAUCCUUAAACCAGACAACAACAGGCUACAACAAUAAUUUCUCACCACUAAACCAGCCACGUGCCGGAACUCAAGUGAACCCGCCUAGCUAUAACUCGUCAGCAAUGUGCUUUAGUCCAUCAACAGAAAGCACAUUCCUCGGCUUACCAAGUCAACAGGGUAAUCUACCAACAUAUCAACAGUCCUAUGGCUAUCAAAAUCAAUAUAAUUCCUCAUUGCCAGGGCUAUACAAACAUCCUGCAUCGUUUGUAGGAAACACUCAACAAGCUUUCAGUCCAACUACGAUCAUGCCAGCUACCACAAACAAAACAGAAUCAGUGCCAACUAUUUCUCGAUACAAUGCUACUUGUUUAUACGGGGUAGAUAAUAGGCCUGGUUUAGGAUCAAUAUGAACUACUCUUUGUAUAUUAUUCAGCAGUAGACGUGGAGCAGAAAGAUUAAAGUCGUUAAUUGAGUGUCUGUGGUUAAUACCAAAAAGGAUUGUUUUCUUGUAAAUUACAAUAAAGAUAUAUCACACAUUACAUUAAUAUAUAUGUAAUUUAUCGUUCAUUCUAGAUGUACAAUAGAUUCUAUGCAGAAAGCUAGUGUUUUUUAAUCAAAUCAAUAUACUUCUUUCUGAGUG